AUGGAAAAUCCUUUGCGGGAAAUACUCAAUGUUUGUCGGCUUUGUUUAUGCCAGGACGACAAAUUUCUCUCACCUAUCAAGCAAAUAGUUGAUCCAAUCCUUUCGUCCGAUGAUAUAGAACGUUUUACUGGAAUUCAGAAACAAUUAUGUGUAACAUGCGGUAAACUGGUGAAUAACUUACCACGCCAUACACAAUGUCAUACAAAGGCUAAUAAGCAUGCAUGUCCGCACUGUUCCAUAACAAUGAAUGAUAGCUCAAAUCUGUUGCGCCACAUACAGGCUGUGCAUCUAAAAAAAGUGGUAAUUUCAUGUGAAAUAUGUGGCAAAGGAUUUACUCACAAUAACACAUACAAGUCUCACAUGCGUGCAUGGCAUAACAUUGGUGAAACAUUCGAAUGCAAAAUUUGUUUAAGAAGUUUUAAUCAUCCUGGAGGUUUGAGAGAUCAUUUUAAUCGAUUUCACAAUAACGAAACCAAACACGAAUGCGAAACAUGCGGAAAAAAGUUUAAAAUCAAGCAGGCUUUGAAAGUCCACGAAAGAGUCCACUCAACAGAUCAACCUUUUAAUUGUACCUUGUGUCCAAAACGAUUCAAAAGCAGUUUUGCUAGAAAAACACAUGAACUUACGCAUAGUGGCGCUCAGUUCAAAUGUGUGCUAUGUGGUAAAUCCUACAGAUACAAAUCACUACUUAAUAUGCACGUAAAAAAAUGCCACCAUCAAAGUGAAAAUGAAUUUGUUAACGAUUGA